AUGUAUCGUGAACUAACGAUCUCCAGUGGCAUUGCCCCGGCAAAACUAAAGAAGGCGUUCAAAACUGGUAAGCUCAGUUUAACUAAGACUGAGCUUCAAGGAACAGGCAGCGUUGUCCAUCUUCACCCUUCAUCGUAUGAAAAGGCGAUCAAGGCUCGCAAAGCCGGUUGUGGUGUUCGUCUUGAGAUCACCAAACACGAAGUCAAGAAAGGGUACAAGAAGGCUCAAGGUGGUAGCAUUUGGUCAAAAGUGUGGGGAGGCAUUAAAUCGGCUUUUAAUUUUCUAAAGACUCAGCAUUCUCGUAUUUACGUAAGUUACAUAUGGGAUUUCCUGUUAAAACGUAGGCGGAUUGGCUUAUGA